AUGACUUUUUUUUCUGGGUUGUUUACACAAUCUCUUCCUCUUUUCGGCAGCAUUCAGUUCAGAUACGGCGCCGUCUGGUCUGAUGUGGCCGGGAACAUGUAUGGAACCCUCCAGGAGAUUGAGCUGUGGGACGGGGAAUCCAUCGUGGAGGUUUCUGGGAUGUACGGCUACAAUGUGGAGUACCUGAUUUUCACCACAAACCAGGGGCGCUUCCUGCACGCCGGCCAGCCCGCUGGCUCCUCCUUCAACAUGUACCCCAGUUUUGAUGGGGCGGAGCUUGUCUUCCUCAGCGGGCGGCAGAAUGGCGCCAUCACCUCGCUGGGAGCUCACUGGGCCGUGGUGGGCCCGUCUCCUGCCGAGCACUAAACCUUAAAGGGUCAAAUGAGGAGAGAUGUAUUUUAUCAGUAAUAAUGAAUAAAACAUGUAGAUUUAAUUUGUGUUUUUCAUUGUAUACUAAAUUUGAUUGUGUCUGAGCUGUAUGUUGG